UUACAGCAUUGCUCUGCUUUGUGGUGUUUGCCGCAUCGAUCAAUCAGUCCACUGCUGGACUCCAGGUCGUCAAGGGUAGCACCCCAGGCGACUUUGACUUUUAUUUGUUCGUCCAACAGUGGAUCUACUCAUACUGCAGCCAACAGACUUGCGUCUCUGGCAAGGAGCGCGAGGCAUUCACCAUCCACGGCCUGUGGCCCGAGAACAACGACGGCAGCUACCCAAGCUUCUGCAACGGCCCCGCCUUCUCCUCGAGCGCCAUCCAGGACCUGCUCAACGAGCUCAACUUCAUCUGGCCAUCGCUCACCGGUCCCAACACUGACUUCUGGACCCACGAGUGGAGCAAGCACGGCACCUGCGCCAUCGGCGCCGGUCCCAUCACCGACCAGCACGACUUCUUCUCGGCCGCCAUCAAGAUCUACAACAGCUACAACCUCACCACUGGCCUCGAGUCGCACGGCAUCACCCCAUCCAACUCGGCCUCCUACUCGAUCGACAGCAUUCUCGCCGCCAUCACCAAGGUCACUGGCUACACCCCAUUGCUCCAGUGCAGCAACGGUCAGCUCUCCACCGUCACCCUCUGUGUCACCAAGAACCUCGACCUCAUGGACUGUCCAACACUCUCUGGCUGGAGCUGCUCUGGUUCCACCACCAUCCCAUCAUCCGACUAAGCUCACUCAUACAUAUAUUUAUUAUUAU